CCGGGCGUCCCACGAGGUGAAGAUGCUGCAGGCGGAACCUGGCGGAGCGAGCGGGAUUCGGGGGCGCUAAAGUCGCCGGGGCAGGGCGGGAAGGAAGAUCCGGAGCGGGGCACAGGAUUCGGAGCUGGAGCCCCCCAGAAUCUUCCCUCCGUGAAGAAGAGAGCAGGUCAGGACCAGUGAGGCCGGCUCCAUGUAUCCGGAAUCGACAACAGGCUCCCCAGCUCGACUCUCUCUGCGACAGACGGGCUCCCCCGGCAUGAUCUACAGUACUCGGUAUGGGAGCCCCAAAAGACAGCUGCAGUUUUACAGGAACUUGGGCAAGUCGGGACUGCGGGUCUCCUGUCUGGGGCUUGGAACAUGGGUGACCUUCGGAGGCCAGAUCACCGAUGAGAUGGCAGAGCAGCUAAUGACCUUGGCCUAUGACAAUGGCAUCAACCUCUUCGAUACUGCAGAAGUGUACGCGGCGGGCAAGGCUGAAGUGGUAUUAGGAAACAUCAUCAAGAAGAAGGGAUGGAGACGGUCCAGCCUGGUCAUCACCACCAAGAUCUUCUGGGGAGGAAAAGCGGAGACAGAGAGGGGCCUUUCCAGGAAGCACAUCAUAGAAGGUCUGAAGGCCUCCCUGGAGCGGCUGCAGUUGGAGUACGUGGACGUGGUGUUUGCCAACCGCCCAGACCCCAACACGCCCAUGGAAGAGACGGUGCGCGCCAUGACCCACGUCAUUAACCAGGGGAUGGCCAUGUACUGGGGCACGUCGCGCUGGAGCUCCAUGGAGAUCAUGGAGGCCUACUCCGUGGCCCGGCAGUUCAACCUGAUCCCGCCCAUCUGCGAGCAGGCCGAGUACCACAUGUUCCAGCGCGAGAAGGUGGAGGUACAGCUGCCCGAGCUCUUCCACAAGAUAGGAGUGGGUGCCAUGACCUGGUCCCCUCUGGCCUGCGGCAUCGUUUCCGGAAAGUACGACAGUGGCAUCCCGCCCUACUCGAGAGCCUCCCUGAAGGGCUACCAGUGGCUGAGGGACAAGAUCCUGAGUGAGGAGGGCCGGCGCCAGCAGGCCAAGCUGAAGGAGCUGCAGGCCAUCGCCGAGCGGCUGGGCUGCACCCUCCCCCAGCUAGCCAUAGCCUGGUGCCUGAGGAACGAGGGAGUCAGCUCCGUGCUCCUGGGGGCUUCCAGUGCAGACCAGCUAAUGGAGAACAUCGGAGCAAUACAGGUCCUUCCGAAACUGUCGUCUUCCAUUAUCCAUGAGAUUGAUAGUAUUUUGGGCAAUAAACCCUACAGCAAAAAGGACUACAGAUCCUAAGAAGCCCCCGGCCGCUUGCCCGGACACUUUCCGUUUCCCUCCUAGUCUCUCUUGUUCGCUCGCUUAAGCUGUUUUGAAGCCAUGUCAGGGGUGUGGUUUGCAUCAAAAAGAAAACAUCACAGCGAGAUGUCGUCGGGGAAAAGAUCUCAAAAGUUGCUGCAAGACACCAUUCGCUGCUUCGCGGGACCGAACUCAGAUCUGUGCCGGGGAGACCGCGUUGACGGGGCAGGAUGUUGGAGCCGUCCCCUCUGAGCCCACCUGCAGCCUCUGCUCGCCCUCCAGGAAGAAAGCACCACGGCUGCUCCCGGCCUCGGCCCUUCCCAGAGACGCCUCCAGUUCAGGCCAGGCCGAGACCCAGUUGGGUCCUGGGGGCAGCAGGGCUAGCCUCUCCUCUGCUGAGGACCCCCACCUGGUGUCAGGGGUGGGAAAGAGGAAACCAGGCCUGGCUCUUCCCGUGGCCCCCUCUGCUGGGAGUCCCC